AUGAUGUGUGACUUCACCGAGGACCAGACUGCAGAGCUCAAGGAGGCUUUCCAGCUGUUUGACCAAAUAGGUGAUGGCAAGAUCUGGUACAACCAAUGUGGGGAUGUGAUGAGGGCCCUGGGUCAGAACCCCACUAACACUGAGGUGGUCAAGGUUCUGGGGAACCCCAAGAGUAAUGAGAUGAAUGUGAAGUUGCUGGACUUUGAGCACUUUCUGCCCAUGCUGCAGACAGUGGCCAAGAACAAGGACCAGGGCACCUAUGAAGAUUAUGUAGAAGGACUUCAGGUGUUUGACAAGGAAGGAAAUGGCACCGUCAUGGGUGUUGAAUUCUGGCAUGUUCUUGUCACACUGGGUGAGAAGAUAACAGAGGAAGAAGUAGAGGUGCUGGUGGCAGGGAACGAGGGCAGCAAUGGUUGUAUCGACUGUGAAGCAUUUGUGAGGCAUAUCCUGUCGGGGUGA